GGGGCUGGAGCAGCUGAGAGCAGUUGGGGCUCGUGUGGAUGCUCGGGGGAGGGAGGAGCGGCUGUGCGGCUCCUGGAUGGGACUUGCUGCUUGUGAUCCUGGGCUGAGCUGCCGCUGCUCCGCCGCGGGGUCUGUGCGGGGAGAGACCUGGACUAACCCCGCCCUGUGCCCAGCCGGGGGACUUUCUCCGGGGGCUGGAACCAGCCCCUGGGGCAGCCCCGGGCUCUGCCGACACCAGCCCCUGAGCUGCAGCCUGCAGGCUGCAGAACAAGGUCCACGGUUCACUCCUGAUCAUCCCCUUCUCCUGCGGGCCAGUGCAGGGAAAUGGCUGGAGCAGAGCCUGCUCAGGGACCGGUGACCUUCAAGGAAGUGGCUUUGUAUUUCACUGACCCCAGUCAGAGGGCCCUCUACAGGGACGCCAUGCAGGAGAACUAUGCGAACAGGACCUCACAGGGAUCUCCGAUUCCCAAACCCAAUGCUGUCUCCUGGCGGCAACAAGAGGAAGAGCCGUGGGUCUCGGAUCUCCAAGGCUCUGGGGAAAGAGAGAACCCGAGAGGAGACUGCCCAGUGCAGGGAAUUGACUCCUGUCCAGAUCAUCCCACUCGCCUCGGGGAAAUAUUCAGGACCCGCAAAGACUCCCUGUUGCGCAAGGGCCCACGCCCCAGGGAGAGACUGAACACGUGCAAAGACUGCGGGAAGAGCUUCCGUCAGCGGUCCAACCUCCUGGCGCAUCAGAGGACCCACGGGGGAAAGAGACCCCACCCAUGCGCUGACUGUGGCAAAACCUUCGGUGCCUUCUCCAACCUCCUGCGGCACCAGCGUGGGCAUGCCGGCGAGAAGCCCUACAAAUGCCCAGACUGCGGGAAAGGCUUCGGGCACAGCUCAGCCUUGGUCACCCACCGGCGGAUCCAUACCGGAGAGAAACCCUACGCCUGCGGGGACUGCGGGAAGCGCUUCAACGUGGUCUCCAACCUGGUGCGUCACCAGCGGAGCCACACGGGCGAAAAGCCCUACAAGUGCCCCGACUGCGGGCGGCGCUGCAGUCAGCGCUCCCACCUGGUCACCCACCGGCGGCUGCACACCGGCGAACGUCCCUAUGUCUGCCUGGAGUGCGGGAAGUGCUUCAACGUCAGCUCGGACCUCAUCAAGCACCGGCGCAUCCACACCGGGGAGCGGCCCUACGCCUGCAGCGACUGCGGGAAAUGCUUCAGCGGCAGCUCCAACCUGCUGACCCACCAGCGGCUGCACACGGGCGAGCGGCCCUACAAGUGCCCUGACUGUGGGAAAGGCUUCACCAUCAGCUCCAAGCUGAUCGCCCACCAGCGCACCCACACCGGCGAGCGGCCCUACAGCUGCGCUGACUGCGGGAAGGGCUUCAGUGACCGGCCCCACCUGGCCCGGCACCAGAGCGCCUCCCGGCGCGAAAAGCGCUACAAGUGCUCCGACUGUGGGAAGGGCUUCACCACCAGCUCCUACCUCCUCACCCACCAGCGCAGUCACACCGGGGAGACCCCCUUCAUCUGCGGCGACUGCGGGAAGAGCUUCGCCGUGGUCUCCAACUUGGUGCGGCACCGGCGCAUCCACACGGGAGAGAAGCCCUUCCGGUGUGGUGAGUGCGGGCGGCAGUACAGCCAGCGAGCCCACCUCACCACUCACCAGAGGGUGCACACUGGGGAGCGGCCCUACGUCUGCCUGGACUGUGGGAAAGGCUUCAAUGUCAACUCCUCCCUCACCAAGCACCGCAGGACCCACACCGGAGAGAAACCCUACGUCUGCCCCGACUGCGGGAAACGCUUCAGCCAGAGCUCCAAUGUCAUCACCCACCGCAGGCUGCAUCACGGGGAAAAACCCUACACGUGUACGGAGUGCGGGAAGAGCUUCAAACGGAGCUCCAACCUUAUCACCCAUUGGCGGAUCCACACCGGGGAGAGGCCCUACAAAUGCUUUGACUGCGGGGAAAGCUUCAACGUGAGCUCCAACCUCAUCACGCACCGGAGACUCCACACGGGGGAGAAACCUUAUAUGUGCUCUGACUGCGGGAAAAACUUCAUCGUGAGCUCACAGCUCACUAUACACCAGAGGAUCCACACAGGAGAGCGACCCUAUCAGUGUCCCGAGUGCGGGAAAAGCUACAUCCAGAGCUCAGCCCUGGUUAAGCAUCGGAGAACACACAUGGCAGAAAAACCCUACAAGUGCCCUGAAUGCGCAAAAAGCUUCACUGUGAGCACCGCCCUCAUUAGGCACCAGAGACUGCACACGGGCGAGCGAUCCUAUACAUGCCCUGAGUGCGGGAAAAGCUUCAGUGUAAACUCAGACCUUAUCCGACACCAGAGACUACACACAGGAGAGAGGCCUUAUAAAUGCCUGGACUGUGGGAGAAGCUACACACAAAGCUCAGCUCUGAUUAGGCAUCAGAGAAUCCAUACAGGAGAAAAACCUUAUAAAUGCCCCAGUUGCGGCAAGAGCUUCAGCCAAAGGUCAAAUCUCAUUAAACAUCAGAGAAUCCACACGGGAGAAAAACCGUAUAGAUGCGGCGAAUGUGAAAAAUGUUUUAGCACCAGCUCAAAUCUCGUAACGCAUCAGAGACUCCACACUAGAGUCUAUUAGGGCUGACCAAAGGAGAUAACUUACAUUCGUCAGUUGCCAUCUUGGGUGUUAUGUGUGUUGAUCUCGUGUUUAACCAGGCAAGACCAAUCAAAAUCCUCUGGCCCGUGGGGAUUCUGCCUAGCUCUGCAGCCCCUCUGCCAGCCUCUACAAUUCUGGAUACUGCCUAUAUACUCUGGACUCAAUGCCACCCCUGUGAAAACUCAGAGCUUCGCCACCUGCCGGGGAUUUAGUAGAGCAUCUCUGCAUUCUCGGCCCCAUCCCUGCACACUGGUGGGCAUACACCCAGACACCCCUGUGUAAACUGUGGAUUAGGCCCUAUCUCCAUCAUGUAACCAAAUACCACCCCCAAAAGGGUCUUGAAGACACCAGAUGGGAGCCACCACACAAAAAUGUUCCCUGCUGGGGUUGAGAGUUCUUCCUCCUGCCUUGGUCUUAGGUUCUCCUCCAGCUCUGUUCUUCCUGUGCAAACCAAGUAUAGUGUAAAGGGAUUGGGUAGUGUCCCUUUAAAUUGUAUGUGAGGGCCUUUGCUGGCCCUCACUGUCUUCUCUGAGGCCAGAGCAGUGGUAUAGAUAUGUACCUAGGUCUUGCACGUUGAAUAUAUGUACAAAACACAGCUAUUUGGUCUCCA